AUGACUAACGUGACUUUUGAAACCAUACGAGAUCAACCCGAAGAAUCAGCCAUAAAUUCUUGGACGGAUAUUCCGUACUAUCCAAAUGUAGUCCGACUUCGUUCAGGAUUGCAAAAUGACUGUGACAUUGUGAUGCUUCUAAGUAACCCGAGAGUCACACGAAAAUAUCUGGGUUUGUUAGCCUGCAAACUUUAUAAAAUCAAACACAGUCGUGCCUCAGUUCUAUUGCUCGAUGGACAUCGUCCUCUGCUCCGAUACAUGAGACCGCUUUGGAUCGGGAAUCCUAAUUCACGUAAACCAACAUAUGUCAUCCGUCCGAAGACUGUUGACUUCGAUCCGCUCUCCCACGCAUCCAAAAAGUUAGAUUCUGGUACUUUGGUAGCACCUACUCCAGCUGAACGUUCUGCCAGUUCUCGUGAUGUUCCUGGUAGUGGUUAUGCAAAUCAUCUAGCCGCCACAGCCAACGCCGCUAUAGCAAGUACUGCACCAUUCCUAUCCGGCCUUUCUACGAACAACCCUAAAUCAGGUCGCCUGGCCCCUUUCUGUGGUGGGUCAACAGACCAGGGGGUUGCAGAUGCUAAAAGUUGGCUAGAAUUGACACGAAUGGGCGAAGAGUUAUGUCGUUCUGGUACCGGUGAUCUGACUCUAAUUGGAUCCAGUCUACGCUCGAAAGAUUCAUUUACCAACGGUUCGUUCAGUCGCACCAGACCGAACGAUUCAAAUGGCAGAAGAUUCCUGGGAAACAAAAAUGGCCCGACAAGUGGGUCGAACAAUCAAAAUGGUAACAACAACAAUAAUUAUAGCCAGACGAACGGCACUAAAUCUUUUAACGAAACUUCGUGGAACACCGUUCAUGAUCGCCUAGAUGACCCAGAUUCCGGAUGGACGCGUGGCUUGGUUGGCCCUACAACGAGGCGUCAUUCAUCAGCCGCCAAGAAUGCUGCUCUAGGUGGUGUUGGUGGCAGCGCUCUCGCCAGUAAUUUGCCCCCACGUAUGUUGCGCAAAAUGGCUUCCCAAGCUGCUGGAUUGGUUGUUGGUAAUGGAUUCAGCGAUAAUACCGCACCGCUGGUAAAUCAGUCCACCAUUGACCGUUUAUCUGUGGAGGAUCGUAGACCAGGUUCUGCCUGGAGUGACGGUCUCAAAUCCGAGGGUUCCAACCGACUUGGUCAGGACGAAAUGACCCAUGUUACACCAGAUAUAUUCCAAGUGAGUGUUAUUUUGAAAGACCUUUACCUUUAUUUUUGA